AUGAAGAAGAGCAGGAGUGUGAUGACAGUGACGGCCGAUGACAAUGUUAAAGAUUAUUUUGAAAGUAGCUUGAGUAAAUCCUACAGUUCUUCCAGUAACACACUUGGGAUUGACCUCUGGAGAGGGAGAAGGUGUUGCUCAGGAAACUUACAGUUACCACCACUGUCCCAAAGACAGGGUGAAAGGGCCAGGACCCCCGAGGGAGAUGGCAUUUCCAGGCCGACCACGCUACCUUUGACUACGCUUCCAAGCAUUGCUAUUACAACUGUAAGCCAGGAGUGCUUUGAUGUGGAAAAUGGCCCUUCCCCAGGUCGGAGCCCACUGGACCCCCAGGCAAGCUCUUCCUCUGGGCUGGUGCUUCACGCCACCUUUCCCGGGCAUAGCCAGCGCAGAGAGUCCUUUCUCUACAGAUCAGACAGCGACUAUGACCUGUCACCAAAGGCGAUGUCGAGAAAUUCUUCACUUCCAAGCGAGCAACAUGGCGAUGACUUGAUUGUAACUCCUUUUGCCCAGGUACUUGCCAGUUUGCGAAGUGUGAGAAACAACUUCAUGGUAUUGACAAACCUUCAUGGAACAUCCAACAAGAGGUCCCCAGCUGCUAGUCAGCCCCCUGUCUCCAGAGUCAACCUGCAAGAAGAACCUUAUCAAAAAUUAGCAAUGGAAACACUGGAGGAAUUGGACUGGUGUUUAGACCAGCUAGAGACCAUACAGACCUACCGUUCUGUCAGCGAGAUGGCUUCUAACAAGUUCAAAAGAAUGCUGAACCGGGAGCUGACACACCUCUCAGAGAUGAGCCGAUCAGGGAACCAGGUGUCGGAAUACAUUUCAAAUACUUUCUUAGACAAGCAGAACGAUGUGGAGAUUCCAUCUCCCACCCAGAAAGACAGGGAGAAAAAGAAAAAGCAGCAGCUCAUGACACAAAUAAGUGGAGUGAAAAAACUGAUGCAUAGUUCAAGCUUGAACAAUACAAGCAUCUCACGCUUUGGAGUCAACACAGAAAAUGAAGAUCACCUGGCCAAGGAACUGGAAGACCUGAACAAAUGGGGCCUUAACAUCUUCAAUGUGGCUGGAUAUUCACACAAUAGGCCCCUAACAUGCAUCAUGUAUGCUAUAUUCCAGGAAAGAGACCUCCUAAAGACCUUCAAAAUCUCAUCUGACACAUUUGUAACCUACAUGAUGACUUUAGAAGACCAUUACCACUCGGACGUGGCCUAUCAUAACAGCCUGCAUGCUGCUGACGUAGCCCAGUCAACCCAUGUUCUUCUCUCGACGCCAGCACUAGAUGCCGUCUUCACAGAUUUGGAGAUCCUGGCUGCCAUUUUUGCAGCUGCCAUCCAUGACGUUGAUCAUCCUGGAGUCUCCAAUCAGUUUCUCAUCAACACAAAUUCAGAACUUGCUUUGAUGUAUAAUGAUGAAUCUGUGUUGGAAAACCAUCACCUUGCUGUGGGUUUCAAACUACUGCAAGAAGAACACUGUGACAUCUUCCAGAAUCUCACCAAGAAGCAGCGUCAGACACUCAGGAAAAUGGUUAUUGACAUGGUGUUAGCAACUGAUAUGUCCAAACAUAUGAGCCUGCUUGCAGACCUGAAGACAAUGGUAGAAACAAAGAAAGUUACAAGUUCAGGCGUUCUUCUCCUGGACAACUAUACUGAUCGUAUACAGGUCCUUCGCAACAUGGUACACUGUGCAGACCUGAGCAACCCCACCAAGUCUUUGGAAUUGUAUCGGCAGUGGACAGACCGCAUCAUGGAGGAAUUUUUCCAGCAGGGAGACAAAGAGCGGGAGAGGGGAAUGGAGAUUAGCCCAAUGUGUGAUAAACACACAGCUUCGGUGGAAAAAUCCCAGGUUGGUUUUAUUGACUACAUUGUCCACCCACUGUGGGAGACCUGGGCAGAUCUGGUGCAGCCCGAUGCUCAGGACAUUCUGGAUACAUUAGAAGAUAACAGGAACUGGUAUCAGAGCAUGAUACCCCAGAGUCCCUCCCCACCACUGGAUGAACAGAACAGAGACUGCCAGGGUCUGAUAGAAAAGUUCCAGUUUGAACUGACCCUUGAAGAGGAGGAUUCUGAAGGACCUGAAAAGGAAGGAGAGGGCCACAACUAUUUCAGCAGCACAAAGACCCUUUGUGUGAUCGAUCCAGAGAAUAGGGAUUCCCUGGAAGAGACUGACAUAGACACUGUGACAGAAGACAAGUCCACGGUCGACACAUAAUCUCCCUCUCCAUGUGGAGAUGAACAUUCCACCUUGACAAGCAUGCCAGCUGUGUGGUAGGGCCAGCCCACCAUGGAGGCCGACUUCUGCAUGGGACAAAGGCCACCUGGCCUUUCCAGUUACUUGAGUUUGGAGCCAGAAUGCAAGACCAUGAAGCAAAUAACAGCUCAGGAAAUUCCACGGUUGACUUGCCUUGCUUGCAAGCUUGAUAGAGAGCUGACGCUCUAUGUGGUACUGGAGGCCAGUUCCGAUCACAGCUAAGUGGCUUGAAAACGGAAGACACAAAACUGAGAGAUUUUUCUGCACUAAGUUUCGGGAUCCUGUCCCUGCUAGUGACUAAACUUACUAAUAACUUCAUUUAUAAAUCUGCUCAUCUGUCCCUUUGUCUGCCAACCUGUGUGCCUUUUUUGUAAAACAUUUUCACGUCUUUAAGAUGCCUGUUGAAUACCUAGAAUUUAGUAUCAACUUCUCUACAAAUAAGCAUUCAAAGUUGACAUAAACUUUUUUGACUCUUUCUGGUUUAAAAAAAAAGGAAAGAAAAUGGUCUUCCUUCUUUCUUGGGCAAUAUGUUUCCCUUUACUGCCCUUACUUUUGCAAACAGACAGAAAGGAUACACUUCUAACCACAUUCUGCUUCCUUCCUAUUGUCCAAUCCACCUCCACAAUUGCCCUUAUAACUAAUCUGUUUGCCUGCUUAGAACAGUAUUUUUUCUCCUCUAGAGUUUCACUUUUUUGCUGUUAACAGAAUAAAGUUGAACACACUAGGGGGUAGGAAGAAGCAGUUGUGUUGUUCACCAUAACAGUCUAUGUAAAGCUCUGCUUACUAAGGCAGUGUGCCCUGCUGUGCCUAGACCCCCUAUGCCCCUGGGAGUUGCACGGUCCCCUGUCCUCUUCUCUUCCUCCUCUCUUCACUCAAUUACGCUAUUUUCACUUUAAUGCUGCCAUCUUUCUCUUGCACUGCCUUCUGCGCUAACACCUCCGUUCCUGUUUAUAACCUUGUAUUUAUUACUUAAUGUAUAUAAUGUAAUGUUUUGUAAGUUAUUAAUUUAUAUAUCUAACAUUGCCUGUUAAUGGUGGUGUUAAAUUUGUGUAGAAAACUCUGCCUAAGAGUUGCAACUUUUUCUUGUAACAUUUUGUAUUGUGUAUUAUAUAACCCAAACAUCGCUUGAGAGAGACAUAUGGCCCCCUGGGCAGUGAGGACAGGGUUGGGCUUUAGUUCAGAGGGUCUGCCCUUUCCCUGUCUGAGUUGCUAAUACUGCACAACCCCUUUAUGAACCGGUUUUGGAAACAGGAUUCUCACAUUAGAUACCAAAUGGUUUAUACUGAGCUUUUACUUUUGUAUAGUUUGAUAGGGGGUAGGGGGCAGUGGGAAGUAGUUUUUAACCCAUGUUCUAUCCAAAUCUGUGUUCGCAUGAGUUGGGUUAUAACUGGGUUCUACUAUAAUUGUGGCUUUGGUUCGAAAAACAACACUACAUUUGCUCACAGAUGAUUCUUCGGAAUGUUCCCAAACUACUGACUUUGAAGAGCUAGCCUCCUGCCUGCCGUUAAGCAGGAAUGUUGUGUUCCAAAAACUUAACAAAAGAAAACAAUAAAGCAAUGUGAAUUUUUAUAAUAAAA